UCUCGAGGGAAGCGCGAAGCCAGGGCCUGCGGGUGGGCGAUUCCGGGAAAAGCCGGAGCGGCGAAGGAGCCGGCAGCGGGCGAACCAGGAGGCCAAAGCUACGCCAACGACGUUCCUGCAAACUUGGGCGCGCACUCGCGCAACUGCGCCCGUGGCCCGAGCGAUGAAGAUGGUAGCGCCCUGGAUGCGGUUCUACUCCAACAGCUGCUGCCUGUGCUGCCAUGUCCGCACUGGCACCAUUCUGCUCGGCGUCUGGUACCUGAUCAUCAAUGCUGUGGUACUGUUGAUGCUCUUGAGCGCCCUGGCUGAUCCAGAUCAGUAUCACUUUUCCAGUUCUGAACUAGGAGGGGACUUGGAGUUCAUGGACGAUGCCAACGUGUGCAUCGCUAUGGCAAUUUCUCUCCUCAUGAUCCUGAUCUGUGCAAUGGCUACUUAUGGCGCCUACAAGCAACACGCUGCCUGGAUCAUCCCAUUCUUCUGUUACCAGAUAUUCGAUUUUGCCCUGAGCACCUUGGUUGCUGUUACUGUGCUUGUUUAUCCAAACUCCAUUCAGGAGUAUAUACGACAACUGCCUGCAAACUUUCCUUACAGAGAUGAUAUCAUGUCAGUGAAUCCUACCUGUCUGGUCCUCAUUAUUCUUCUGUUUAUCAGCAUUAUCUUGACCUUUAAAGGUUACCUGAUUAGCUGUGUGUGGAACUGCUACCGAUACAUCAAUGGAAGAAACUCCUCUGAUGUCCUGGUUUAUGUUACCAGCAAUGACACUACGGUGCUGUUACCCCCGUAUGAUGAUGCCACUGUGAAUGGUGCUGCCAAGGAGCCGCCGCCACCCUACGUGUCCGCCUAG